AUGGGCAGUAUUUAUCUGAAUUUUAAACUUUUCAAACCUUCAGAAUGAAUUUUAGAGUUCUCGAUUGGUUUUCUUUGGCUCUUUCUCAACAAUGAAAUUUGUGUAGGCCUGGACAAGUGGAUGCGUCUAAUCUCUAGCUUGAUCUUUCUCUCUUGCUUCCGCUUUUCUUGUGCCUCGUGACUCUUUAUUCUUUCUUUAAGGUUUAGGAUAGAGUGAUUAUAAUUUUCUUCAAAGUCUCGCCAGAUAUUUAGAGUAUCUCUGGUGCUAUCAAGGCUGUGCUCCAUGAUCAUCCUUGCUUUUCUGGACUCUCUGAGGGUUUCUUCAGCUAGUUUGGAUGUCUCAUAGUGAUCUCUGAUACCUUAAUCAUAAAACACAAAACACAUGUGUAACAGAUCUCUUCCAUCUUGUCUCCCGGUUGAGGCUGAACUCGUCAGAAUAUUCACAGAAUGAGCUAUGUUAAAAAUUUAUUGGGCUGGUUUACUACAAAAAAAAUUGAAAACUUUAGUUUUUUCGUAGAAAAAUAGCUUAAAUGCUUCUUGAGGGCGUUGCUUAGGAUGAAAGUUAUCCUCAUGAUUAGGUUAUUAUAUUACCUCUUGGGAAAAGUGAGUGAAGUCCAAAACAAGAAUAGGUAUGAUAAAAGUGGCAUUCAUGAAUUCCUAUUUGAAUCAAAGAAGUACUGGUUUAAAGAACGCUUAGUCAAUUUCAAACUAGCUUAAGAGUACGCCUUAAGCAUGAAUAUCUGGAAUGACUGAAGUUUAGGAAUUAGCUCAUGUAGGGAUAUUUAAAAACAAUCUGUCUUCCUUAUUAUAAAAGUUUUAGCUCUCACGGCUCACUCGCUUACCUUGUAGUAGUAGUAUUUG